AUGUUGCACCCUUGUAGUUGGCGCGAUGACACAUCCGUCGAGCGGUGCUGCCAGUGUGCGACGGUCUUCACCUUUUUUCGCCGACGGCAUCACUGUCGGCACUGCGGAGGCGUCUUCUGCGGUGUGUGCUCGGGGCAGCGCCUGUGGCUGCGACCCUGGCCCGGUGCAGCCGCUCCUGCUGCCCCAGUCGCCUUUUCAUCUCGUCCUGCAGGAGGCGAGAGCAUCAGUGCAGCGAAUAGUAAACGUGGUACUGGCAGUGGCGCUGGAGUGCGUGCACCUCUCGCAUCCGCCGACACACACACUCCGGGGCAGGCCCACCCCAGCCCGUUUCCCUCAGAUUCUUUAGGUAGUGGGGCUGCGAGCAGCGGCAGUCGAGCACCCUCAGCGGUCUCCGCAGCUACCGUUGUCACGCCAGCCUCGGUGACGCUGCACACAGCAGCAAGGGCUGAGGCGCGGCGGGAACCGUCGUCCUCGCCAACAGUAGACGCCAUCCAGCUAAGCCCCGCGCAAGCAGCGUCUGCCCAAACAGGAGUGUCCGCCGCUGACGUGUCGCUGGGAGGGAGCCAUGGAGAUUCGAAAUGCGACGGUGUGGCCACCAUGGAGCACCACAGAACGGACGCAGACGCCGUGGAGGGCAGCUGCGGCAGCGCUGUUGGCCUCACCUCCUCGUCCACCGAGGCGGAGUCCCGCGCAGAUGGUAGUCAGGCGCCGGCGCAAGACAUGGACGAGGGCUCCCCGUCCCUUUCUCCGCCUGCCUCGACCUCCACGUUGCCGAUCAUGCCAACGCAGCCGACGCUGAGUGAUGCUGCCGGUUGUGCGGCGAAUGCGUCUGCUGCGGCCGCUGCGGCCACCAACUUCGCCAGCGCCGUGUUCAGCGGGGUGUCGGACAGUCGGCACGGCUCCGAGGCUCUCUUUACGCCGUGCACCUAUGCCGUCUCGCCCACAGCUGUAGCAGGCGAUGUGACGCCGCAGAUAUGGUCGACACCGCUCGCCGCGUCGGGACUCGAGUACCUUUCCUCUAUCGCUCAGUGCUGGACGCGCGCGGCGCGCCCCAGUCCCGGCAGUGAUGAGGCCACUUUAGAAAGCCUGCCACAAGAUCGCUCUGACCUGCAGCCCGGCGUCGUGCACACAGACAACAAUCCGCCUCCGCGCAGCGACGCUACAACUAGUACAAGUGGAAUCAGUCACGCCGAUGCGGUUGCCUAUGCGAGCGCGAGCUACCACGUCGAAGUCGAUCAGCGCAGCAUUACGUGGUACCUGUGUCGCGUGUGCCGCGGCUGCUACAACGACCUGUCGGACACCAUCCUGGCUGCCGACGAGCACGACCCUUUUUUAUCUCAGCAGCAGCAGCAGCAAAGGCAGCGCCAACCACCGCACGAUCCGUCCGCAGCGGAUUCAGCAGCAGCCAUCACGGUGCCGCCUCUCUGGCAGUACGUACGACUCAGCAGUUCCUCGCGCAUCCGUCGCACACGAUCCGACCGACACGUCCCGCAGCAGCAUGAGCGUUAUCACCAGCAGGUGCCGGAGAGUCGCUCUGUGACUGCCACAGCGCCGCCCUCGUCCCCCUCGACGUCGAUGAAACUGCCGUUGUCGUCCACGUGGGCGCGCCUACACGCGUGCGUGUCGCUUCCGCCAAGUCCAGUCACACUCGCCGUGCAGCUCGCUACUGUUUCUGCCUCCACCGCAGCAGCAGCGACAGCAGCAGCAGAAGGGCCAAACGACAACGCCAGUGUGGUACCACCGCCUCCGCCGGUACUAAAUCCACACGAUCUGCUCCGCAGCCGCGACUCUCCCUCCAUCAUGCACGUCCAGCCGCUCGUGCAGCGCGUCACCACUGCUGCGCUGCGCGGACAACGCACGGCGCCACCGCUGUCGGGCGUGCCGGGUCUGCCAGCACGUCCGUACGGCCCCUCAACAGUCACCGCGGAUGGCAGUCGAUUCUCAUCCCCGGCGAGUGCAGGGCAUGCCUGCGAUGUAUCAGCCAUGUCGGGGUCAUCCGCGUCUCUUCAGCAGUUAUCUCGACAGUCUACCGAGUUGGCUUCUCCCAGCCGGCCACCCCAUCAACAGCGACCGCAGCAGCAGCAGCAGCAACGUAUCACGCGUGCUGGCAUUGUGACGCCGCCUCGCCGUCGUCUUAUCAGCAUCGGCAACUCCGCUGGACACGUGCGGCAGGCGGUCGCGAUUGCACGGCGACGACGCCGCAUUGCCGUCAUUUUAAUCGAUGAGCGAGAGCCAGUGGAGGCGGACGGUGCUUUUUUCGGCGAUCGCGCGGGGUUUGCGAGAGCGAGUCGGGACUGCAGCGCGAGUGGUGAACGUCGUGGAGCGCCGCCGCCGCAGCAGCAGCAGCAGCAGCCACAGCUGACGCCAGGAACAGACAACAGCAGUGCAGCGGGGGCAACGUCUCCGUAUGGGUCACCGUUGUACACCAACACCGCCGCGGUCGGCUUCGACAACGUGAACGAUAGCGAGGCGAAGCAGCGUCGACGUAUGAAUCCCUCAGCCCUCAUUGCCACACACACCGGCGCCGCGCUGGCGGUUGCUGCAAACAGCCUACACACGCUGGGUGGGCAGUCUACGUUGACGGAAAGCCUCACCACGGAAGGAAGGGAAGCGCAGCGCAGCAACCGCAACGACGCAGCUCAUUUGAAAGCAAGCGACGCGAGCCGCCGACUUCACCUUUCUAUCGUCGUGGACCUGGAGGAGGACAACGAGGCCGCGUUGAUACAGGGGCAGGAAAACGAAGUGCUGCGAGGCCUCCCCCCUGGAGACUGGCUCCUCCCUGCGCUGCCGCCUGAAGCGGCAGCGCCCGGCUCGAACCCACUUCACACCAAUAACAAUAGCCUCUGCACGACAGUUAGCGCAGCUGAUCGUGUAAACGACACAGCCGCACUGAACGCGGCACCAUCGAGGACUUCGCACGCACGUGAGUCGUUAAGCAUUCUAACCGACCCGGCGUUGGCCACCCCAAGCCGUCCCAUCGCCUGCGCAGGCGGCAGCACCACGGACGAUGGUGCUGGAGCUGCUGCUACCCCAAAGCACACGUCGUUCUCGGCCGCCACGACAGCCGCGUCUCACGAUCACGUCUCAUCUGCCGCCGUUGUGUUGCCGGAGAGCGGGGCGUGCGUCCUGAACGCGUUGUUCCGUGAACUGGGCGCCGUCACGCACCCCUACACGACGCCCGUAACGCCCGUCCUCAACGCCCCUACCCCCACAUUCUCAGCAGCGGCGGCAGCAUCGGGAACCUGUCUCUUCUCACCUCUCAGCAGCAACGGUGCUUCCAAAACGUUCUUUAUGGACCCGAUGCUCACCGGGGUCGUCCCGCAAGCUGGCUGGGGCACCGGUCCGCGCUCGUACGCAGCGCAGCGUCAAGCGCUCGUGCGGGAUAUGCUUCUGCGGCAGCAGCGCGCUAUAGCAGCGGCGGCGGCGGCUAGCAACGCGACCACGUCCGGCGUGCCGCCCUCUGCCGGUACUCACACGUGGAGUAACGCCUCGAUGGGGAACGUGUUGACCUCGGGCAGCACCUUCAGUGCGGCGGCCGCCACGCCGCGGGUGGGCGGUCUGCCGACGACACCCCCGCACGAACGCGUGACGGCGCCAGUGAACGUUUUCUUUCAGCUUCGCUCGCCUACGGAAGAUGCCGUGUUCAUGCCGACCGCAGCCUCAACAGCAGCUGCUGCAACGUCAGCAUCCACCACACCACCGUUGUCGAUCAGCAUUCUUCCAGUCACGACGCAAAUCGAGAUGAUCGGCAUCCCAAUCGAUGUCUCCGCGACGUCUCCUCACCCCGCUCUGAAAACGGUGCCAACGUCUGCGAGCAACUUCGCCGCAUCGCGCAACAUCCCGGCGGGCGGCAGCAGCGCCGCCGCCUUUUCCAAUAGCCAGGGAGUCGCCGGUGCAACGCGCCCCUUCACCUUUUCCGAAUUCCUUCCACAGCUCGCGAAGCUGAGCACCAAUUUAGACGGCUACUUAGUCGUUGUGCUGCGGUGUGGCAGUCGGGGCGGCAGCGGGGCCGCCACCAGUGCCUCGCCGACGCUGAACGCCACCGCGAUGGACGAUAUCGCGCAGUUCAGCGCCAACCGUCGCGCGCGGCGCGGCUCGAUGAGCGGGGCGCUGCCGUCAGAGAUGACCGGGCUGUCCUUGUUCCCUGCCCUGUCUUGUGAAGGCGACGCGCAUGCCAACAGUGGACGGCUGGGAGAGGAGAGCAGCGUCAACUCGGGCUCCGCCUCCUACACCUUCGGCAACCCUAACAGCCCGAUAGCCCCUUCUGUCGCAACAACGACAGCGACAACUGCCAGGGGGCGUCCUCACGAAAAGAGUGUCAACGCCCGCGAGCCGAGUUGCGGUUGCCGUCGCGCACGCGUCGCGGAUCCGUUUGGUGGCCCACCGCUGCGUCUUCUCUAUCAACAACUGCAAAGCUGCGGCGUCACGCAGCCGGCACUCAGCGUGGUCGACGUGUGCGAGGACCUGACUUUCAACGAUGUGGAGCAGUCGCCGGGAUCGGCCUUCAGUUGCGGCAGCCCUGUCCGCGAAUGCAUCGGGUUUCCGCACGACACCUUCAUGAACAGCAACGUUAACAACACAAGUUUGCUGAACAAAUCAGUCGCCACAGCAGCAGCAGCAACAACGACGUCUCCCGUUGACACUUCGCAGGAGUCGCCGUCGUCGCCGCUGAGCGCUGUCUUUCCGGUCUCCUCCUCAUCCGCCUUUCUGCUGGUGCCGGCGCUACAACGAGCGGUGGCGUUGGUGGGCGACAGCACCAGCAAGCCGGAGCGCGGCGAGCAGCCUGAUAAAUUCAUGCUACCCUGUUCUCUGCAGGACACACGCGAGCGACACGGGUCUGCCGACUUUACACCUCCCACCAUCACACGUAACAGCAGAAAUACAUACAACGACAGUGCGAACAAGCACGAGCUACGCCGCCUUGCAGCGCAAGAGCACGCGAUGAGCUCCUUACGCACCGCGGCGCAUCAGCUGGGACUGCCGUACUCCAGUAUGGUCUACCCAACACGUGGUGGGACGGCAGCGCAGAGCACUGGCACUGGCGGUGGCGAUGGAAGCGGCUUCCCUGCGGAGCCACCGCUCCGUAGCAGUCGUGUCCCAGGGGUAGCGGCAGCGGGAGAGAAAAGCUCAUGCAGUAGCUGUGGUGGUAAUUGUAGCGGUAGCAUCAACAGCUCCGCUGUCGGCAACGCGCUGCUGUCGCGUGGGCUGGAGUCGCUGAUGGCGACGAUGGUGCACCGUGACCUGACGGCGCAGCAGUAG